AUUGAAAAGUGCAGCUGCAGUUCACACAGUACAAUUUGAGAUUCACAAGCAAACAGUAACAUCGUGAAAAAAAUUAAAAAAAAAAUGGCAAAAACUUUGAUCAUUUUAAUAGUUAGCACAUUUUUGCUGCUGCAAGUGCAAGCAUUACCACGUAUGCGACGCGACACCGGCGAAGUGGUGGUGCAGGAGAAGGCAGCGAAUGUACGCACACAUCACACCUCGGAAAAAUUGAAAUUUCGCCCACGUCAAGUACUGAUGACAACCACCCUCGCCGACUUGGUUGGUUUGGCUAAAUACGUCACUGAGCAUGGCCGCCCGUUGUUUAAUAAAACACUCGCACAAUUAGAAGCGGUGCCUGAUAAGUGUGCCGGUUUGAGAGCGAACAUAACACGCAUUUCUGAAUAUCUCAAAGCUAACGAUGAUAAGUCGGGUUCAAAUGGUGAAGCAGACAUUUUGUCUCUUUUCGAAUCGAUGAUUACGCUUACCGACAUCUUACAAGAUGCCAACGAAAUGCCACCAGAAUUGGAGCAAACGAAAACAGUGCAACAAGCAUUCAUCGAUAACGGUUCAGAUAAGUUUGAGAAAGAUUUAAUGGAGGAAUUGAAAGUGGUAUCAGGGAAGUUUGAAAGAGCUAUCGCUCAUUAUUUGUCCAUCUUGACGGAGGAGCAGAAGGCCGAGGAGACGAAGCUAAUCAAUUGGUAUAACAAUUUUACGAGUGAAAAGGAUGAUGAAAAGAAAGCGGAAUAUUACUCUAACUUUUUCGAUACAUUCAAUCCAUGAACACUUACAUAUACAUUUAGAUAAGCUUAUCUCUUUAAAGUAAAUAUUUUUUGGUAGACUAAAAAAUAUAACACUUUUUGUUUGUAAAUAAAUUCAUAACAUCUCAAUACAUUAUACUAAAAAGUA